AUGGAGAUAGAAAAUAGCACAGUCGUGAAAGAAUUCAUCCUUCUUGGUCUGACACAGUCUCAAAAUAUUCAGCUGCUGGUCUUUGUGCUAGUUUUAAUUUUCUACCUCAUCAUCCUCCCUGGAAAUUUCCUCAUCAUUCUCACCAUCAGAUCAGACCCUGGCCUCACAGCCCCCCUCUACUUCUUUCUGGGCAACUUGGCAUUAGGCUUUGUCCACUCCAUCAUUCAGGUGGCCCUCAUCCUCCGCUUGCCCUUCUGUGGCCCAAACCAACUGGAUAACUUCUUCUGUGAUGUGCCACAGGUCAUCAAGCUGGCCUGCACAGACACCUUUGUGGUGGAGCUCCUGAUGGUCUUCAACAGUGGCCUGCUCACUCUUCUGUGCUUCCUGGGCCUUCUGGCCUCCUAUGCAGUCAUCAUCUGUCGUGCACAUCGGUCGUCCUCUGAGGGGAAGAACAACGCCCUGUCCACUUGUACUACGCAUGUCAUUAUUAUACUUAUCAUGUUUGGACCUGCCAUCUUCAUCUACACUCGCCCCUUUAGGACCUUACCAGUGGAUAAGGUGGUUUCCUUUUUUCAUACAGUGAUUAUUCCUUUGUUGAACCCUGUGAUUUAUACCUUUCGCAACCAGGAAGUGAAAUCUGCCAUGAGGAGGUUAUUGAGUCAAUAUGUGGUCUGCUGA